UCUCUGUCUUUCUCUCUCAUCAUAUACACAUAUACACAUAUGCAUACACAUAUAUAGAUGUAUGUAAGUGGGUAUAUUUUGUAUUUUGUGGGGAUUUCUGUAUAUAUUAUGUGAAAACGACACCAAUUGCUGGAACCUCCGCUAUAAAUACAGGAGGAUCUUUGUGGGUAGGGUUUGCCAAAGCAUGUGAACCUAACUCCUCUCUCUCUCUCUCUCUCUCUCACUGUCUUUACAUACCUUAUAAUACUAUCUAACACACUAAUAUAUAUAUAGACUUAGAUUUUAGAGAGAGGAGAGAGAGAAAUGGUGAGAGAAUCAUCAUCAUCAGGAGGUGGUGGUGGAGGUGGUGAUGGUGGAGGAGGAGGAGACAUGGUGAUGAAGCCUGCAUGGCUAGAAGGGCUAAUGGGUGAGACAUUCUUUGCAACAUGUGGAGUCCACCAGAACCAUAGGAAGAAUGAGAAGAACAUCUUCUGCUUGGAUUGUUGUCAAAGCUUUUGCCCUCACUGUCUUCCCUCUCAUCACUCUCAUCCCCUACUUCAGGUGAGAAGAUAUGUCUACCAUGAUGUUAUUAGAUUGGACGACCUCGAGAAGCUCAUUGACUGUUCCUACAUUCAGCCAUAUACUAUUAACAGUGCCAAAGUGAUAUUCUUGAAUCAGAGGGCACAGUCAAGGUCUUGCAAGGGCUCUUCCAACUUUUGCUUCAACUGUGAUAGGAUUCUCCAGGACCCUUUUCACUUCUGUUCUCUUUCAUGCAAGGUUGAUCACAUGGUGGAUCAAGGGGAAGAUUUAUCAAGCAUCCUAUACCGGUUCGAUGAAUCAGAUUUCGCCUUCUCUCAAUUUGAGGGCCUCCGGAUGGACAAUUUCGACGACGAUUGCCAAAUUACCCCUAACUUCAUCCUGGAGGACUCAUUACAGUUCAAAGGCUCAUCGUGCUCUAGCGAUGUCAUGGGUAGUUCUGGAAUUUCACAUGACCCUGAGACGACGACGAAGAAGAAGAAUAAGAAGAAAGGGAGUGGCUUCCUCUCUGGGAUGAAUGUUCUCUCCAUCAGCAGCAGGAGAAAGGGAGCUCCUCAUAGGUCUCCUCUUUCUUGAAUUCCAAUUUGGAUUAGUAGAGUGUGCUUUUAGUAAGUUACUACCUAAGUAGUACUAUUUAUAUAUAUAUAUAUAUAUAUGACUUAAUGUUAUUAAUUGUUAUAAGAUUAGUCAUAUGCUUUAUAUAUAUUUAUCAUUCCAUGUAACGCUAUACCAUGGGACUUGUUUGGUAAACGGAAUUAGCGCGGGGCAAUUAGUUUCAUUACUGACCGGAGGUGGUUGUUGGAGGCUGGAAUUAGAGAUUUGGCUCUCCACUCCCCAAUUUUGUAUCGGUGUAAUGAAAAUUGCA